UGACGUUGCUCGUCACCGGUACCAGUCAUUGGCACCAUGAUAGCUAGCUGCACCUCCUCACAUAGAGCUUUUCUAAGAUAUACUUUAAUACACAUUUUGUAUUUUGUUUCAGGUAAAGGGAAGCUGUUUUCAUAGUGUGCUAACUAAGUCAAUAUUUUGUAAAUACCACUUCAACGAUAACAGCAGUUAGCUGGCAUGUAGUUAGCCAUUCAGCUACAACCACGGUCACAUCGUUAUCUUUCAAGCAGUUUAUUUCCUACCCUUUCCCCCCUCCCAGAAUGGCCGAAGACUCGAUGGAAAUAGAUGACUCUCUUUACAGUCGCCAGCGCUAUGUGUUGGGAGACAGUGCCAUGCACCGAAUGGCCCAGUCUGCUGUGUUUCUCAGUGGAUUGGGAGGGCUGGGAAUAGAGAUAGCAAAGAACAUUGUCCUGGCUGGUGUGAAGUCAGUCACCCUCCAUGACACAAAGCAGUGUGAAACCUGGGAUCAGGGCUGCAACUUCUUUAUUCAUAAAGAGGAUGUGUUGAGCCAGCGGAAAAGGGCAGAGGCAGUUUGCCCGCGAGUUGCGGAGUUGAACCCUUAUGUCCAUGUUGACACAUCCGUCGCCGCUCUGGAUGACAACACUGAUCUCAACUUCCUCCAAAAGUAUCAGUGCGUGAUUCUGACUGAAGCCAGACUGAGUCUUCAGAAGAGAGUGAAUGAGUUUUGCCACGCACAACGUCCCCCCAUCAGAUUCGUUGGCUGUGACACAUAUGGCAUCUGUGUGCGGGUGUUCUGUGAUUUCGGAGAGGAGUUUGAAGUACUUGAUCCCACCGGAGAAGAACCCAAGGAGAUUUUCAUCCAAAGCAUCACUCAUGACAAUCCUGGUGUGGUCACCUGCCUGGACAACCAGCCUCAUGGCCUUCAGACUGGCCAAAUCGUCAUCUUCAGAGAAGUCAAUGGCAUGAUGGAACUCAAUGGCACCACAAGACAGGUUUCAGUCCUUUCCCCUCAUAGUUUUGCAAUCGGAGACACAUCCCAACUACAAGAGUAUGCGCACGGCGGGUUUUUUGUCCUUGUGAAAACCCCAAAGAUAUACACAUUUGAAACACUCGAGCGACAGCUGUGGGAUCCUCAGGUCUUGACUCCAGACUUCAGUAAACCAGAGGCACCCCUUCAGAUCCAUGCUGCCAUGUUGGCUCUGGACACAUUUCAGGAACAGCACAACAGACUUCCUAACACUGGCUGUUUACAGGAUGCUGACACUCUACUCGUGUUAACUGAGGAAGUGAAUCCAACACUCAGGAACAAAGCUCCUGUGAAUGCAGAGUUGGUGCAAUGGCUGUCGAGGACGGCUAGGGGGACUCUUCCUCCAUUAGCGGCUGCUGUAGGAGGCCUCGCCAGUCAGGAGGUUCUUAAAGCCAUCACAGGGAAGUUUGCACCCCUGCAGCAAUGGUUUUAUCUGGAUGCCAUUGAGCUAGUAAAGCCACUUCAGUCUCUGCCUGCUGAAGAGUUUCUUCCUCGGGGAGACCGUUAUGAUGCACUGCGAGCGUGUAUUGGCAAAUCGUUGUGCGGGGAGCUGCACAAGCUCAGGGUCUUCAUGGUGGGCUGCGGUGCCAUAGGCUGCGAAAUGCUGAAAAACUUUGCACUGCUCGGAGUGGGACUGGCUCAGAGCUCGGGACAGGUGUGUAUCACAGAUCCAGACCUCAUAGAAAAGUCCAACCUGAAUAGACAGUUUCUUUUCAGACCACAGCAUAUACAGAAACCAAAGAGUACGACAGCAGCAGAAGCCACACUUAGGAUCAACCCUGACCUGCAGUUGGAUGCUCACCUCGAUAAGGUGUGUCCUGCUACAGAGAGCAUCUAUAGUGACUCCUUCUACUCACGCCUGAACCUGGUGGUCACUGCACUGGACAAUGUAGAGGCUCGAAGAUAUGUGGACAGCCGCUGUGUAUCCAAUCAGAGAGCACUCCUGGACUCUGGGACAAUGGGAACUAAAGGACACACCGAGAUCAUUGUGCCAAAUUUGACCGAGUCCUACAAUAGCCAUCGGGACCCCCCGGAGGAGGAAAUUCCUUUCUGCACCCUCAAAUCAUUCCCUUCGGUCAUAGAGCACACCAUCCAGUGGGCCAGGGACAAGUUUGAAAAUGCAUUUGUCCAGAAGCCCUCCAUGUACAACUCUUUCUGGCAGACGCACAAAUCAGCUGAACAUGUGCUACAGAGGAUGCAGGCGGGUGAAAGUUUGGAUGGCUCGUUUGAAGUUAUUAAACUGCUCAACAGGCGUCCCCAUUGUUGGGAACAGUGCAUAACCUUGGCUCGGCUUAAAUUUGAAAAGUAUUUCAAGAGAAAGGCCCUGCAACUUCUGCACGCGUUCCCACUGGAUACAAGGUUAAAAGAUGGAAGUUUAUUUUGGCAGUCUCCCAAAAGACCGCCAUCUCCCAUUGAUUUUGACUUAAAAGAACCCCUGCACUUUACCUUUAUUGUCAGCACGGCCCGACUCUUUGCUGGAAUUUAUAACAUUCCUUACUCAGAGGAGGAUCUCAGUGAAGAGAUUGUGGCUGAAAUCCUGUCUCAUGUGAAGAUCCCCGAAUACCAGCCCUCUGUCAAAUGCAUCGAAACAGAUGAGGGGGCAAAGAAGCCGGAUCAGUUGAAGAUGCCUCUCAGCAGUGAAGAGGAGAGAGCGGCUAUCGGGCAGCUACAAUAUGCCAUUUCUGGCGACUUUGUUAAAGAAGAGAGGUUGCGGAUGUCGCCGCUGGAUUUUGAGAAGGACGACGACAGCAACGGCCACUUAGACUUUGUCACAUCGGCGUCCGCCCUCAGAGCCAACAUGUACUCUAUUGAGCCUGCCGACAGAUUCAAGACCAAACGCAUUGCCGGCAAGAUCAUACCUGCCAUCGCCACGGCAACAGCAGCUGUGGCUGGACUGGUUUCCCUGGAGCUGAUCAAGAUAGUUGGAGGCUUUGGCUUUGAAUCGUUGAAGAACUGCUUUUUCAAUUUAGCCCUCCCUGUUGUAGUCUUCACUGAGCCAGCACCUGUCAAACAGGCAUUCAUCAGGGAGAACAUUUCCUUUUCCAUCUGGGACAUCUGGACUAUCAGCGGCCACGAGGACUUCACCUUGUCUGACUUCAUAAAUGGUGUCAGGGAAAAGUAUGGAAUCGAACCCACGAUGGUCGUCUAUGGUGUGAAGAUGCUCUAUGUACCUGUGAUACCAGGACACUCAAAGAGACUGAAACUGACGAUGCAGAAGCUGAUCAAGCCAUCGGCGGGCCGACAGUACGUAGACCUCACGGUAUCUUUUGCUCCGGAGAGAGCCGAAGAAGAAGACCUCGCUGGUCCUCCUGUUAGGUACUUCUUUAGCCGCGAUGAGCCCAUACCUUGACGACAUCCCGCUUCCUGUAUCCUUCAUGUAUACUGUCAGAAUGACUGGGAAGUGGUCGCUGUACACACCGUUCUUCCUCUGGUUUUCUUGCGUCUGAUCCAACCAGAACAUGAAGGUCCCUGGGUAGCACUUAACUGUAUUUGUGUACAUACAGUAUGUUCUCAUUUCUGGGAUCUUUUUUUUUUUUUUUUUUUUUUUUUACUCUGACGAUAAGUUGGACAGCUAUGCUGAUGCCUUAAGACUCCUUUUUUGUUUGUGGUACUAAAGCCUGAUUUUGAAAAGAUGUUCAGACUCCCACUACACAGCACCAGUUUUCUCGUUUGUGAGUCGCUUUGGCCACAUUUAAGGACAGUUGCGUUUGGUUUAGAGGUGUAACAUACUAGUUAUUUGUUAUUUUCAACCAUUUUAGCCACAGUUGUAACAAAAAAAGGUUUUACUCGCGUUUCCGAGCAUUGUUCCAUCAUUGUCGUCGCUGCUUUCACUUCUACACUUGCUAAUUAGUUGCAAAAGGACUUCAGUUAACAUCUUUCUACUGCUUCACCUCUGGAAUCAAGAGCAACAUUUUUCUAGAUUUUAUUUCUAGAUUUCUGUUCUACCUGGUAUGUCAAUGUUGCAUUUAUUUUAUUUCUUGGUGUCUUGUGUGGAUGAAUUGUGAAGUUAGUCAUUUACGUGUUGCACAUAUCUGUUGAAAGCUUUUCUACAAGUGUUUUGAAGAGUGAUUGUUGAAAAGUAAUUUGGCGUUGAGUUCCACCUCUACACACAAACAUGUUCUGUUUCACAUCAUUAUUUGCAGUCAAUAUUCCGAAUUACAAAUCAAAACUGUCAGUGAGAAAUGAUGAUGAUGAUGAUAAUGAUGACUCAAUUCAGUGGUUCAAUAAAGAUGUGAUCAUGA